UCUCCGUGUGUUGUUGCAAUGUGGUUUUCCUCUCAGGGAAGCACUAAAGCCCUGAAUUCUCAGUCUGGCUUGCACAUGCUGUCAGAGGCUAGCAGGAGACAGUUUUCGUUUUAAAACAAGGAGGAGAAAAAGCUUUCACUACUGACUCCUCUGGAAAGAAAAUGAAGAGUGCUGCCAGACCUUGGAGUGCAAUGGCAAAGCAAGGGAACCAUGGAAUUGAUCGAGGAAAAUCUCUCUCCACCACUUCCUCGGGCUUGAAGACCUCCAAAUCCUCUACUUCACUUGCUUUUGAAUCUCGGCUCAGCAAGCUAAAAAGAGCUAGCAGUGAUGACAUGUUAACAAAGCCAGGGGUGACAGCAGCCUCUGGUGUCUCCAGGCUGAAGAAGACCAUUACAACAGGAGCAAUUUCUGAGCUUGCUGAGAAUCGACUGAAGUCCAGCACAGGAAUUGUUUCAUCAGGGAAGCGCACAGGAAUUCCAGCUCCUCGGGAAAUUUCAUCAACUGUCUCCAGAGAGAGAGCUGUGUUGCGUGGUCCAGCCAACACCAGGAAAACUCAGCCCAGCCCAACUUCUUCUGGCACGCCCACCCCUACCAAGCACCUACGUCCUUCUGCCAAGUCCAAGCAAGAGAAUGAAACUGGGGACAAGGCAGUUCUGGAGUCCCAGGUUAAGGAACUCUUGGCAGAAGCAAAGACAAAAGACACUGAAAUCACCAAGCUCCGGAGUGAGCUGAAGAAAUGCAAACACAAAGGGUCAGUUAACUCUGAAGGGAUUGGUGCUUCAGACCAAAAUUUAGAAACAUUACCAUUAUCACCUGGUGACAUAGACCCAUUAAUACAGACUCUUCAAGAAAAGAACAGGACUUUUCAAAAAGAGCUUGCUAGCCUGGUGGAAGAAAACUGGGUUUUGAAGGAGAAAUUGAUUUAUCUAGAGCACUCUCCUCUCUCGGACACAACAACGAGCAGCGGGGGUGACAGCAGCUUCACAACCCCAGUCACUCAAGAAUCAAGUUUUGGAAGCCCAACAAAAAAUCUACUGAGAGGUGAACCAGAUGAGCCCAGACAGCGUAUGAAUGGAGAAGCAGUGCGAAAGUCAGGUUCUUCUAGCAGUGAUGUGACUAAAGCCUCCUUGUCACCUGAUGCAUCCGAUUUUGAACAUAUAGCAGAUGUACCUUCUAGGCCAACCUCCUCCAACAGCAACCCCUUCAAGGGUUCCAGAUGCUCCACCACAGGGAGUUCUCCGAACAACAUUAGUGACCUUUCUGUGGCCUCCCUGACGGAGAAGAUACAAAAAAUGGAAGAAAACCACCACAGCACAGCAGAAGAGCUUCAAGCCACUUUGCAGGAGCUGUCAGACCAGCAGCAAAUGGUGCAGGAGCUGACAGCAGAAAACGAGAAGCUAGUGGAAGAGAAAGCUCUGCUGGAGACCUCCUUUCAUCAGCACAAAGAGAGAGCAGAACAGCUUAGUCAAGAAAAAGAAAAGUUGAUGACUCUCCUACAAGAGCGAUCCAAGAAUGAAGAAACUAAAAUUCUGGAGGGGAAAAUCCUUGAACUGGAGCAGAAGUGCACAGAAUUGCUUGAGAAAGCACAGUUUGAAAGAGAGAAGCUGCUCAACAUUCAGCAACAAUUAUCCAGCAGCCUACGGAGCUUAGAAAGGGAGCACCAAGAUGCUCAAGAGGUGAUCAAGGGCCUGAGAGAGGAAAAUGAGAAGUUAGGUGGGCUUUUAGAAAUGGAACGACAGAACAGCAGCAUGGUUGCAAAGUCUCUAGAGGACUGUAAAGUUGCUUUAGAAGGCCUGAAGAUUGAAAAUGGAUCUCUCAAAACUCAGUUAGACAGUGAGAAACAAAAAGCGGCAGAGAUCAAUGCAAUGGGAUGUACUUCUGACAAUUCUGAGGUGCAAGAGAUGUUGAAAGUGGCUCAUGCAGAGAAGGAUCAUUUAGAACUAGCUUGUACAGAGCUCAGACAAGAGCUGCUGAAGGCAAACAGCGAAGUAAAACAUGUCCAGGGUCUACUGGCCAAGGUGGAGAAGGAAUGUGGUCAGCUGAAGGAGUUAUAUGACCGACAGGCUGAACAGUUGAGCAGAACCAGCCUGAAGCUGCAGGAGAAAACUUCUGAGAAUGAGUCUGAGAUCAAAAACCUGAAGGAGACCAUCUUUGAGCUGGAGGACCAGGUGGAGCAGCAACGUGCUAUCAAACUGCACAACAACCAGCUCAUCAGUGACCUGGAGAGUAACGUGAUGAAUCUAGAAGAGCACAAGCUGGAUCUGGAGAGGCAGCUGAAGGGUCUGACUAAGCAGAUAAAGGAAGAUGCAGAGGAGUGGAGGCGUUUUCAAGCUGACCUACAGACUGCAGUGGUGGUAGCCAAUGAUAUCAAGUGUGAGGCUCAGCAGGAGCUGCGGGUGGUGAAGAGGAAGCUCCAGGAGGAAGAGGAGAAAAGUGCCAAGCUGCAGAAGGAGCUGGAGGAACUGCAGGGCAGCAGCAGGCUGACAACUGAGGAGGUGAAUUCUGUAGAAGCAGAUACCACCAACCGCUGGCAAGGAGUCUGUGUCAGCAGGGCAUCACCCACUCCCUCAGAGUCUGCAGCUACUGUCAAAUCACUCAUCAAGUCAUUUGACUUGGGAUGCUCAGGGAGCACUGGGCAGAGUAUCACGGUUCACAAGGUCCCCAGGAGCCCUCUGAGUGGAAUUCCAGUGAGGACAGCCCCCGCAGCCGCUGUUUCCCCCAUGCAGAGGCAUACUGCUUACAGUAAUGCAAAGCUGCUCAGCGAAGGAGUCAACAAACACGCAGACCUUCCAGACCUACCCCUUGCAGACCUUCUAAAAGGGAGAAGUGAGGACCUGAAACCAGACCAUUACCUCCGCAAGAGCCCUUCCCUGGAGUCUCUGAGCAAACCCCCCUCAAUGGCCUUCAGCAGCAGGGUGCUGACCUCCAGCCCAAGCAGCCUGAAACCCCCCAGCAAACUCAGUGUGGAGAGAAAGGACCCAUUAGCAGCCCUGGCCCGAGAGUAUGGCGGCUCCAAGAGGAAUGCACUGCUGAAGUGGUGUCAGAAAAAGACUGAAGGUUACCCGAACAUAGACGUUACCAACUUCAGCAGCAGCUGGAGCGACGGGCUGGCCUUCUGCGCUCUCCUCCACACCUAUCUGCCUGCACACAUUCCAUACCAGGAGCUCAAUGGCCAGGAUAAAAAAAGAAAUCUGCUUUUGGCUUUUCAAGCUGCUGAAAGUGUGGGCAUCAAACCCAGUCUGGAACUCAGUGAGAUGAUGUACACAGACCGGCCAGACUGGCAGAGCGUGAUGCAGUACGUGGCCCAGAUUUACAAGUACUUUGAGACCUGAGCCCCAGAGCAGAAGGUGGGCAGAAGUGGGGAAGAGACUGAAGAAUGCCACAGAAGCACUUGAUCACUUUAAAAAUAGCCUAUUUUCUAUUCCAUGAGCCAGCCGAGGCUCCUAGGUUGCAAGGAAAGCUCUUCCACAAUUCUGAUCACAUCUCAGUAACCUUGGACUGCAGCCAAAUAAAAAUCCAUUGUCCACCUUUACAAACCAAAUACAGCUGUAAGUUUAUUUCAACAUGGAAACUAUAAGGAGUUUUCUGCCACUGUGGGAUAUUUCUGAAGAUGAUGCCCUUGUGCUUGAUAAUGAUUGCCUUUCAAACCAGAGUCUGCCAGCUGGAGAUUUGCCACAGAACAAAGUGAAUGCAACAUGUACUUUGUAAAUCAGUGCCUGAAGUAAUGCUGGCACUCAAGGGAUGCUGGCAGAGUAUUGUUAGUGAACCAGUUGACUACAGCGCUCCUCUAACAUAGUUACAAAUACAGCAGGUUUGUGUAGAGUAAACUCAUUACUCCAGGUUGUUCCUAAAUAAUCUGCAAGAAUGUGUAAAUACUUGUUACUUACUACCUAGAAGGCCUUGCUAGCUGUGCCCUGGGCAGUGAAGUGAAAUGCAUAGGUUAUUACUGUAUGUUUAGAUUUGAGGUUACUGUGUAAAAGAACACACAAGAGAUUAAUACCAAUGGCAACAUGC